CCCCACCACCGGGCAUGGGUGUAAACACAUUUAGACUAUUAAUUGUUGUUUUCAUACUUUGAAUCGUGGAUUACAUUAUUUUUAUACAUAUAUCAGAAAAAGAGACAGGUCAAAAAUGAAGAUCAAAUCCAAGUCGUCGUAUCAUAAAUCUGAGAACACUUUCAGGGUGAGUGUUGCUUUUGGGAACUUGUGGUUGUGCAGCACAGUUGUUAGCAUAGCCAGCUAGCGACGACUGCUAAGCUAUUACAUUGAAAAAAAAAAAAAAAUGUUAAUAUGCAUAGCUAUCUGUUAUUCCUGGUUUUCAUAAUGUCUGAACAGCUUGAAAUUAAACAUGUUUUCCUAUUACUACGCUACGUUGAAAUAACCAACAAGCGUAGCUGCUUGGAUAUGUUACAAAUUAUAUGUAGCCUAGCUAGCAAGUCAUUUCAUUACUGUAUCGCUCACUGUAGUAGCUACUGUUAACUCUUGAUCGUUUGCUUUACAGUUUCUCACGUUUGCUGAAAGGCUUGCCAAUGUCAAUAUCGAUGUCAUCCAUCGCAUUGACAGAACUGGGAGUUAUGAUGAGGUAUGUAUUCUCUGUGACAUUUGUUCAAAAUGAUGUUUUUUCCGUUGUUAAUAUCAUUCAAUGGCAUGUAACACUGUUUUCUGUUGUAGGAGAUAGACACCUACUUUUCAGAAGGACUGACAAAAUGGAGGGACCUGAAUUUGACUGAGCAUUUCAGUGAGUACAUAACUCAUCACACCAAGGAGCUUCACUACUACUAUCACAUCUGGCCCAAUAGAUUUCCUUGUCAAGCUUACAAACAUGUCCCUAUGAGCAGAACCCAGUGACUAAUCUGAAACACAUUUCUCUGUUCCUCAGCCACCUUCCUGAGGGAGGUGUCCAACAAGAGCCAGUCCUUCAACCUUCUGGUGUUCCAUCAGAGGUCUAUAGUGGAGAGCCUGAAGACUCACCUCAGUACCAAGAACAGCCUGGCCUGCCAGCCGCUACUGGAGUACGUACCUGAGAUUACAGUGUGUGUGUGUGUACCUGAGAUUACUGUGUGUGUGUGUACCUGAGAUUACAGUGUGUGUGUGUGUACCUGAGGUUACAGUGUGUGUGUGUGUACCUGAGAUUACUGUGUGUGUACCUGAGAUUACUGUGUGUGUGUGUGUACCUGAGAUUACUGUGUGUGUGUGUACCUGAGAUUACUGUGUGUGUGUGUACCUGAGAUUACUGUGUGUGUGUACCUGAGAUGACUGUCUGUGUGUGUGUGUGUACCUGAAAUGACUGUGUGUGUGUGUGUGUGUACCUGAGAUUACUGUGUUUGUGUGUGUACUUGAAUUUACUGUGUGUGUGUGUGUGUACCUGAGGUUACAGUGUGGGGCUGAGGAGGAUGGUACAAAUUCAAUAGGACAUUUUCUGUAGAAUAUGUUUCAAAAUCUGCCGGUAAAGAAUGCACACAUGUCAUGUGGAAAUGAAAGUAAUGUUUGUUAUUCAUUGGCAACAUUGUUGCUUGCAGUGUGUGUGCCCUGCAAAUCAUGACUUUUGUCUCCCUUCGCCAUCAGCCUGGUGGUCCAGCUGGCUAGGGACCUCCAGAUGGAUUUCUACCCCCACUUCCCUGACUUCUUCGUCCUCAUAACCUCUCUCCUGGAGACCCAGGACACAGAGAUACUGGAGUGGGCCUUCACCUGCCUCUCCUACCUCUACAAGUACCUCUGGAGACUCAUGGUCAAGGACAUGACCAAAAUGUACAGGUGAGACUGGGCCUUAGGCCUACCUGGCUGCAGUAGGAGUAGACAGAUGGUGCUAGAAGCUCUAACAUUAUUGUUGUUAUUGUUUCCUAUCUAUGGCAUAUAUGUAUAGAUUACAUCAGUGUUUAAUUAUCUCUCCUUCCCCCCUACAGCUUGUACAGCACACUGUUGGCGCACAAGAAGGAACACAUACGAAAGUUUGCGGCAGAGAGUUUUUCUUUUCUGAUGAGAAAGGUGUGUUGUGGUCAUGCCUAGUUGACAUCCAGUGGUGACAAAAUCAGAUCUAAUUGAAUAGAUUGAAUAAAUUGCAUUUAUACCCCCCAGGUGCCAGACCUUGACGCCCUUCUCAACCACAUGUUCCUAGACCUGGAGGAGCACCCUGGGAAGGCAGAGGGGGUGGGACAGCUGCUGUUUGAGAUGUGUAAAGGAGUCCGCAACAUGUUCCACUCCUGCGCUGGCACGGUGAGUUCAUUAGGUUAUACAGUAGGAAAUAAAAGAUUAGACUCUGAGAAAAAGGUUAACAAAGUGGAGUCUAAUGCAUGUAUAUUCAGUUGAUCUUAUAUUAUUUAUGACAGAUCUUUCAUUCACAUCCUCCUUCUCUCCUCCAGACCCUCCCAGUAGCUCUGAGGAAGCUAGGACCAAGCGCUGACCAGGAAGUCUCUCUACCCUGGGAUGCUGUCAGAGACGCACUGGAUCAAAUGGCCCAGGCAGCAGCCAAUCACGUAGAAAAAGAGCACUUCCUGGUUCUGUGGGAGUCUCUACAGGUUAGGGAGUAUUUUUACCUCACAGCUGGAUCCGCAUAGUGCCAAUGUAAACUCUUUGUAGGUCUGUGUGGCUGAAUGAUGGGUUGUCUUGUCUGUCUCAAAGUCUGUGUGACAGAUAGGUUAUUGUCAUGUCUCUGUCGGACUGUUUGAGUGAUACUGUUCAUUAUCCUGGUCCAGGGCUGUUUAACUGUGACUGAGGGCGUGUCCCGUGUCUAAAUCCUGUUGUUAUCUUUCUCUAGACGUGUGUGAGUGAGGUCCUACGGAACCUGAAUAAGACAGAUGUUGUUGAUGAGGAGGAGGAGGGUCAGGCCUCCGAGCACUUGGAGCGUCUGCUCUUCAUCCUCCACACCCUGGUGGGACACCGCAACGGAGACAAGAUCACCAAGCCAGACACUGUCUGUCAGGUAUGGCCCGCGGUCACCAUUUAUCUGUGCGACAUGAAUAAGUAAUACUAAGAAUAAGCAUAGAGUAUGUUCUGUAUUCAGAGGCUGUGUGUGUCUGUAUGUAUUUGACCGUCUCCGUUUAUACUGUAUAUAUAAAAAAAAAAAAAAAAGAAUACGUUGUGUCCAUUUGAUUUUCAGAUCACAGAAAUGUGUCUUUUGCCUGAACCCAGUUUGGGUUCAAAUCUGACUGUUAGUGUCAUAUUAUAUAUAGAUUCCUCUGAUGUUUUUGUUCUUCUCUGUGCCUCUGUAGACAGUUCAUGAGUUGCUCCAGACCCCAGCCCUCCCAGGACCCUGCUGUAGACUAGUGCUCCAGAUCAUCUCCUCUCUACUGCUGGGGGAGAAUGUCUCACUACCAAACAUAGUCACACAGGACACGGUCAAAAUGGUGUUCAGCAGUGGGAUGGACCAGGACCUGAUACUGGAGUUCACUAAGGAGAUGUUCACCAUGAAACGGUUUGAACAGGUACAUCAAGUAAUCUCAUCAACAAUACACCAGGCAAUUUCAUUCUAGCUGACUCCAAAAGAGUAAGCUCCCUUCACAGGACAUAGAUUAACAUAAUCUCUCUCUCUCCGUUCUGACACUCCUUUCAUCUUUCUUUCUCCCUCUCUCUCCUCUUUUCUGCCUUUCCCUUCAUCUCUCUCCCUCCCUCUCUCUCUCCAUCUAUCCUCACCCCUCCCUCCCUCUUCUCUCUCUGUCUCCAGUUCUUCCUGCCCAGCUUGCUACAGUACCUAGAGGGGUUGUUCUCCAGUGUAGACUCUGUGUCUCGUCACUCUGCCCUGGAGGUGCUGGUCAGUCUCAUCCUGGCCAAAGCCCCGCCCCCUACAGACGGCUCCAUGGCCUUCGAGAUCUACCCCCUGGUCUUCACCGGAAAUACCCCCAGUAAGGAGCCAGGUGAUGGGACAGAGAAGGUGUCAGUACCAGAGUUGAUCCUCUCGCUGAUCAGCCUACCCCAGGACCAGAACCAUACCAUCACUGACCUGUCCCUGCCCUGGGCAGCCCUGGUCCUCCUGCCCCAUCUCAGACCGCUGGCAGCAGGGAGUGUCGUUCCCAGUCUGACCGCCCUCAUCAAUCGCCUGCUACUGAAUGUGGAGAGUGAAGCGCUCGGAAAAGGUAUGUACUGCCCUUGUUUGCUCUUAUCUGAUAUACAGAAUAACCUUGUGUUCCAUUCAAUGCACAUUUGUUCUAACUCCUAACCAUCCCUCCAGUAGUAACCCACGAGCUGGAACAAUAAAGAUCUCUCCCUUUUUCUGUCCUCUCUCCAUCCAGGUGGUCUGUUUGUGGCCAGGCAGGCCCUCAGCUCUCUGCUCAGUCUGAAUGGAUCUGCUGAGGUGCUCUCCCUGGUGCCAGUGGAGCGGGUCAAGACCAUCAUGCAGUAAGUAGAGUGGAGAAAUAUCACAAACUCUUGGAGAGUAGUUCCAUUUAGUGUGAAUAACUGCUGUGACGAGAGAUAAAGCUUUGGAUUGGUACAGUAAAUCUGUGUGGGUUUUUUGGUGCCAUGAAUGUUUGGCUAUAUAAUCUGGAAACUGGUUGACUUUGACCCUGAUCAACUUCCUGUGUUUUUGUGUGUCACAGGAAGUUCCCUACAGACAUGUCGGCUCUGUUGCUAGGAGACCUCUACUACACCCGGCUGUCAGUCAACGGCUGCUCCGAGCACCUAUCCCACAGUGCACUGCUCGACCUGCACCAGAUGCUGCACGUCAACCUCUCCUCCAACAGCUCCAAAGUAUGGAAGUAUAUUUAAUUAUUUGUUUAGAUGUAAUUAUUUUGGGUGCUUUUAUUAGUUGUGAUUCAACUGUCAAAUAACUCCACCACGCUUCCUCCCUCAGAUCCGCUUGCUGACUCUGAGGAUUCUGACCCACUUUGAGGCAGAGCUCAAACCGUCAGAGGUUGGUACAGAACAAUCAAAUGAUGUCUUGUAAAUGGAUAAUUCUGACUUUAUUUGUUCAAGUUAAUUGAAUUCAUUAGCAUGGCAGAAGAUAAUUGAGAGAAUUUUCCAUUUCAGUCUAAAUGGACAAUAAUAACACGUUUGAACUUGAUUCUCUGUGUUCUCAGGGUGAGGAGAGUGUGGAGAUCCAGCCUGUGUUUGCAGUGUGUUUUCAGGCUGAGUUGGUCCCUGCCUCAGUGCAGGACUACAGAGAGAAGCUGCUGCACCUCAGGAAGCUCAGACACGACCUGGUGCAGAGAUCACUACCCCAGGGGCAACAAGGGACCUUCCAACAGGUACCCAGAACAUAGAACUUAGAUUUGGAACCUAGAACGUAGAUUUAGAACAUCGAUUCAUGUUUGAUUAUCAUAGUGGAUGGUUAAGUUCUGCAUCUUCCAUUUGCAGGUGCCUCUACGCUAUCUUAUUUCCAUGCUGUUCAUCAACUUCAAACCCCUGUGGGAUCCAGUCAUUGAACUCAUAGUGUAAGUACACAAAACACACAACAAAGCUAAAGUAUUAUACUCUAUGACGUUUUAACCCCAAGUAACACAUUUAAUCUCUUCCUUGUGUUGUCUCUCUCUCCAGGACCCAUGCCAGAGGAAUGGAAAACAAAGACUUCUGGAAGGUCUACCAUGAGCAGCUGGAGUUGGUGGCAGGUCUUGCUGGUGAGUGUGUGCUCAUGUGUGAUCUGUUUUUUUAAACACUGUGAUGAGCUAUUUGUGUUGACGGAUAAAACUAUAAAGUACAUUUUCUGUCUAACAGAAAAAGAGCUGCGUGAAGGUGACGAUGAUGAAGAAUGCGAAGAUGGAGGCUCGGAGCUGCAAGGGGAGCCGGGCUGUGAUGUCAUCGAGAGCGGGGACGUGGGGGUGCUGUUCCUGCAGCGUCUGAAGAUGACCUCUGACCCCAGCGAGAGGACAGACUUCACUAACUUCAGGGGCCUGCUGUGGAGGGCCAUGGCUCUGGUCCCUGACCGUGUAGAACCACGCAGUAGGGAGCUCAGUCCACUGAUGCUACGAUUCAUCAGGUUAGUCCUAUGCUAUACCCUACACAUGACUAGAUACUGCAGCCUUACACACUACACUGCCCUCAUACAGAGAGGAACCUCUGAUCUUUUCAUUUUGAGGAGGAGGAGACAAGAUGCAAUAAAUCUAGGAAAGGUUUUUGAGAAUGAGCCUCAUUGUCCACUGUCUUAACUGACCCUAUGCCCCUCCCCUCUCAUGAUUGGCAGGAAUGAGUUUUACCCAGCUGACCUACUGGUAGCUCCUACUCAGGACCUGAGGAAGAGGAGCAGUCCUGCUGCCAUGGAGGCUAGCAUGGCGGGAGAGGAAGAGGAGGACAGGGAGGAAGAGGAGGAGGAGGCUAGACCAGAGAGGAAGAUGCCACCAAAAAGAGCAGCAGCCAAGUAAGAGAUGAUCACGUUGAAGAUUUUGUAAAUAAAACAUUUAUUUUUGUUUCACAAUACCUUUUCAGUUGUAUUAUUUCAUUAGAAAAAAAAAAAGCAAAUAUAGCAUUUUCUAAAGACAUUUAAUUUCUUUCCACAGGCAACUCAUCGCUCACCUGAAGGUGUUUGCCAAGUUCACCAACCCUCGCUCUCUGUACCUGGAGAAUAGCCUCAAUGAGCUGUAUACUCAGGUAAACUUACCCAUCUCACCUAUCAUCAUCAAUUUACUCUCAGCUGUUCUCACCAGUCAUACUAUAUGCCUAUUUAGCCUGCAUUGACUGAAUACUCCAUUAAACUUACUCAUCUGACCCGUUAACAGCCUAUCUACCUAAACAGUAGGUAGUCUCCGUCAGUGUACUCCUAUCAGUGUGUGACUGUGUGUCUCUGUUCAGUUGCUGUGUCACCAGGACCAGCAGAUCCAGAGGGCAGCGUUGGAGUGUGUUCUGACCUACAAAGACCCCAACGUCCUCCCCUACAAGUAAGUUUGCUCUCUGGCUUAUUUCCGAACGACACUGUCGCGCAACCUCUCAUCUUAUCUCUUGUUUUAACAUACAUUCAGUCCUUUUACAGUGUGCCAGGCAUAAAACGUACUUUCCAGGAUGACCAUUUAACAUUUUUGUUCAGAUGAUUGGAGUAAAAGAUACUGGAAUAACUGUUAGUUAUGGACUCCCGGUCUCUCAAUGGGAGUCAUUGUUACCAGUACUGAUAGAGAUCAGAGACAUCACUGACCCUCUCAGGUUCCACUGAGCAGGAAUGUUAACCUCCACCCAGAACCACAGAUCUGACAGGAGUUCCUCUAUUAACUUCCCUUAUUAAACUAACCAUUUCCCAUCUAACAGCACUGCAAACAGUAUGAUGGAAGGAAAUAGGAGUAGUGCUCUUCUGUUAUUUAAUUUCCCAUAAUGUACCACUGACCUAGUUCGCAGAAUCACCCUGGAGACUCUGUGUAGUGUAGACCCUGUCAACAACAUUGCUCUGGUGCUUCUUUGAAGCUGUACAGGCCAAUAGGCGUAUAGAGUUGCUAAUAUAUCUUGAUUCAAUAUCUCGUGCCAGGCCAUUUGAUACAAUGUCUUUCUGUGUUUGAUGUGUCCUGUGAUAUAGGAAUGAAAUGUCUUCAUCUGAUGUCUUUUUUUGUAUCUGAAAUGUCCUGUGCUUCUGGACCUAAAGGCCUGCGCUAUUGAACGUCUUUGACUGAUGUGUUGACUGUUGUGUUCAGGGAGAAUCUGGAGAGGCUGCUGGAUGACAAAUACUUCAAGGAUGAGAUUGUUCACUUCAACGUCUCGGAGGAGAAAGCCGUGGUGGACGCCUCACACAGGGCCCAGCUUAUCCCACUGCUUAUGAGGUGUGUGAUUUUCAUGUGUGUGUGUGUGUCACGUCUUCAUGUGAACUUAAACUUGUGGCCUAUUUGUGCGUCACCUUUACUACUCCAAUAUAACCAACCCAUCCUCCCUCUCCUCUAACCUUACCUCUGUAGGGUUCUGUUUGGCCGGAUGCGCAGUAAGACCGGCAGUAAGUUCCAGGGCAAGUCUGGCGCUGUGCAGCGUUCCUCCAUCGUGCUGAGGUUCCUGGCAGGAUGCCAGUCUGAGGAGCUGGGCAUGUUCAUUGACCUCCUGCUGGAGCCCGUCUGCCACCACGGACAAGGUAGGGUGCCCACUGCCAUGUGAUAUACAACCUGUAUGGGAGUGGAGUGUUUCUCGUCUUAUUCCUCACUGUAUGGCUCUGUUGCUCUCUGUCUCAUUGGUCUAUUCUGCCAUUAUAUUGUAGCUUCAGCCUAGUUGUGUGUGUGUGGACUUGUGUUUGCUUUAAAAGUAGGACAUACAGUGGGGGAAAAAAGUAUUUAGUCAGCCACCAAUUGUGCAAGUUCUCCCACUUAAAAAGAUGAGAGGCCUGUAAUUUUCAUCAUAGGUACACGUCAACUAUGACAGACAAAUUGAGGGGAAAAAAUCCAGGAAAUCACAUUGUAGGAUUUUUAAUGAAUUUAUUUUCAAAUUAUGGUGGAAAAUAAGUAUUUGGUCACCUACAAACAAGCUAGAUUUCUGGCUCUCACAGACCUGUAACUUCUUCUUUAAGAGGCUCCUCUGUCCUCCAUUCGUUACCUGUAUUAAUGGCACCUGUUUGACACCUGUCCACAACCUCAAACAGUCACACUCCAAACUCCACUAUGGCCAAGACCAAAGAGCUGUCAAAGGACACCAGAAACAAAAUUGUAGACCUGCACCAGGCUGGGAAGACUGAAUCUGCAAUAGGUAAGCAGCUUGGUUAGAAGAAAUCAACUGUGGGAGCAAUUAUUAGGAAAUGGAAGACAUACAAGACCACUGAUAAUCUCCCUCGAUCUGGGGCUCCACGCAAGAUCUCACCCCGUGGGGUCAAAAUGAUCACAAAAACGGUGAGCAAAAAUCCCAGAACCACACGGGGGGACCUAGUGAAUGACCUGCAGAGAGCUGGGACCAAAGUAACAAAGCCUACCAUCAGUAACACACUACGCCGCCAGGGACUCAAAUCCUGCAGUGCCAGACGUGUCCUCCUGCUUAAGCCAGUACAUGUCCAGGCCCGUCUGAAGUUUGCUAGAGUGCAUUUGGAUGAUCCAGAAGAGGAUUGGGAGAAUGUCAUAUGGUCAGAUGAAACCAACAUUUUGGUAAAAACUCAACUCGUCGUGUUUGGAGGACAAAGAAUGCUGAGUUGCAUCCAAAGAACACCAUACCUACUGUGAAGCAUGGGGGUGGAAUCAUCAUGCUUUGGGGCUGUCUUUCUGCAAAGGGACCAGGACGACUGAUCCGUGUAAAGGAAAGAAUGAAUGGGGCCAUGUAUCGUGAGAUUUUGAGUGAAAACCUCCUUCCAUCAGCAAGGGCAUUGAAGAUGAAACGUGGCUGGGUCUUUCAGCAUGACAAUGAUCCCAAACACACCGCCCGGGCAACGAAGGAGUGGCUUCGUAAGAAGAAUUUCAAGGUCCUGGAGUGGCCUAGCCAGUCUCCAGGUCUCAACCCCAUAGAAAAUCUUUGGAGGGAGUUGAAAGUCUGUGUUGCCCAGCGACAGCCCCAAAACAUCACUGCUCUAGAGGAGAUCUGCAUGGAGGAAUGGGCCAAAAUACCAGCAACAGUGUGUGAAAACCUUGUGAAGACUUACAGAAAACGUUUGACCUGUGUCAUUGCCAACAAAGGGUAUAUAACAAAGUAUGGAGAAACUUUUGUUAUUGACCAAAUACUUAUUUUCCACCAUAAUUUGCAAAUAAAUUCAUUAAAAAUCCUACAAUGUGAUUUUCUGGAGAGAAAAAAUUCUAAUUUUGUCUGUCAUAGUUGACGUGUACCUAUGAUGAAAAUUACAGGCCUCUCUCAUCUUUUUAAGUGGGAGAACUUGCACAAUUGGUGGCUGACUAAAUACUUUUUUUCUCCACUGUAUGAACACUUAGAACUCUUCUUUCUCUCUCUUUUUUCCUCUCUCUCUCUCUCCCCACCUUCUCUCCAGGUCUGUGUUUAGCUGCAGUAGACAAGGCGAUAGCAGAGACAGACUCCUCUGCCGUCCUUCCUCUGGGGAGGCAGCACAGCCUGCUGAACAUAGUCAACACAGUCAUCAGUAAACUGGGCCACCUCAUCCACACACACCUGCCCAAGGUGCUGCAGAUCCUACUGUGUGUCACCGCCUCCAUCUCCACCAUCCUCAACCAGAGAGAACAGGUAUAUACACUGCCGGAGGGUCUCACUGUCUCACAUAGGCUUAGUCUUGAGAAACCUGCUGUGUAUUCUGUGUUGGACCAAGGGCAGUAUGUAUCAAGCAUCUCAGAGUACGAGUGCUGAUUUACUAUCAGUUUUACAUUUUAGAUCACAAUUAAUAUGAUUAUAUGGACAGGGGGCGACCUGAUUCUAGAUCAGCACUCUGAGAAGCUUGAUAAUAAGCUCCUGGCCUCUCUUGAGAAAAACGUUUAGUAAAGUUUCAAGUCAGUAACUCUGGUCUUGGUCAGGAGCUGCAGUGUAGCCAUUGUGGCAGUAUGCCGCAGCUGGCCCUCUAAGACCUAUACUAGGACAGGAGGCUCAGAGAAGCCUGCCCUGGCAGUUGCAGGUGUGAGCAUGUAUAAAGCAUUUUGAUGUUCAUUUUUAGGACAAGUCAGUAACUCCUAAAAGUUGUUUUCUCACCACUUGUAUUUUCACUACUCUUUGCAGCCGCAAGGAAGGCUAAAAAUAGAUACAGGUUUUUAAGAUAACUCCUAAAUGUUUUUUUUCCCUCUCUCUGCCCAGUUAAAGGCGGGCUGUAUCGCUCCUCUGAAGAACCUGAGGCGCCUGGGGGUCCUGAGGAUCCAGGACUUCUUUGAUGGCUUCGACUCGUACAGCUUCACCCCAGACGAGCUAGACGCUGUCUUCCAGGCUAUCGUCUGGCCCCAGGUCUGCCGUCUGCCCACAGAGAGCCCCUACUCCCCCACCCCCCUCCUCAAACUCAUCCACGUCUGGAGCAAGAACGCCAGGUAAGCUUAACAAACAGUCUUUGUGUUGAAGGUUCAGCUACACUAAGGCUAAGUCUUUUCACAAUGAGAUCAGUAAAUUAAUGGGAGAAUAUUUCUGGCAACAAUCCAGUUUACAGUGGGGAACUAGGAGGAAUUUGCAAUGACCCACUGGCAGGUGACAGAUGAAACCUGCCUGAAAAUGACCACCUUCUUUCCUCUUCUUCUCUCCUCUUCUCUCAGGUACUUCCCCCUCCUGGCCAAGCAGCAGUCUGGUCACCCGGAGUGUGACGUCCUCCUCAACGUGUUCGCCCUGCUCUCCGCCAAGAAUGUCUCUACCCAGACUGUUGCCAUGGUGAUGGACAUCGCCGAGUCCUUGGUGACCACGAAGGACCUUCUGGUUACGGAGGGUGAGGAGGCGGAGCUGAGCGUUAACGGCAGUGUGUUCCCCCAGCCACCAGAGGGAGCUUACAUUUCAGAAGGUGAGGCCGCUGGAAAACAGAUAGAAUACGCAAAUGCAAUGCUUACAGGGCCACUGCUAGAAUAUGCAAAUGCUACUAAUAAAAGUAAAUACUAAACAGUAUAACUAGGGACCAGAGUUUUUCCUCAUCAGGUUACAUGGAAAAACUAUAUGGAAAAACUAUGGGCCCUAGUAGGUAUAAGCAAAUGCAAAAUGGGUAUUAUCCACAAAGUUUAACGUUUGUAAUAAAACUUUGUUUGUUUUUUUAGACACAAAAAACUUGAAAUAUUAGCAAAUACAAAGCAUGCAAAUUGAUAAUAGUGGUGAAAUGAAUGGUUUGUUUGUGUUGUUCAGAGCAUCUGACCCAGGGUGCCAGGCUGCUCCUGCCCCACAUCUCCACCCUGCUACAGUACCUCAGUGGCAUCGUACGCAACUCUGACAGGCUCAAGAAGAAGAAGUUUAGAUCCCAGGUGGCCAAGGAGCUCAACAUCCUCUCAAAGUAAGUCCUUCGGUCCUCACAUCCUUCUGCAUCCUUUAUGAAGGGUGAUGACUCCUGUGCUGUGUUGAUUUUAAGUGAUCAUUGUAGACCUGGGCUCCAACCCUGUUCCUGGAGAGCUACCCUCCUGUAGGCUUUCUCUCCAACCCCAGUUGCUUACUAACCUGACUCAGUUUAUUAACCCGCUAAUUAUUAGAAUCAGAUGCGCUAGAUUAUUAUUGGAUCGAAAACCUACAAGACGGUAGCUCUCCUGGAGCAGGGUUGGAGAGCCCUGUUGUAGACAGUCAUAUAUCUCUAAUGCAACUGAUCAGGCCCAUUCAUAGAUGGCAUACUCUACCCUCUGCUCUUUGGGAUCUUAUCACAGUUCUCCUUCUCAGGUUUAAGGUUGUUGUAUGGUGUUGAUGAUGAUGAUGGUUUCUAGAGGCUAAUGUGAUGAUCUCCCUCCUCUCCAGGAUCAGCAGGUUUGUGAGUGAUAAGGACCAGAGCUCAGUGCUCAUCAGUCUGCUGCUGCCAUACCUCCAGAAGGCCCGCAACCCACAGGUACAACAACAUGUUACUGUUAUGUUACUGUUCUAGUGAUAUGUUAUGUCUGUGUUGUGGUUAUUUGUUUGUGUGUGUUCGUGCUGAAUUGGAUUGUUCGAAGUAAACGUCAUGCUAGCUUACGCCAUGUAAAGGUUGUGUUAUAUGUUAUACCAUGGUGUGUGUUAUAUGAGCUCCCACUCAUUAAUGAUCUAUCCUGUCAUUGCCUUGCAUUGUGGUAGGUUUUAUGUUAUAGUGUUACACUCAUGUGUAUUUCCUGUGUAGCUCAGUUGGUAGAGCAUAGCGCUUGCAACGCCAGGGUUGUGGGUUCGAUUCCCACGGGGGACCUGUACGAAAAUUUAUGCACUCACUACUGUAAGUCGCUCUGGAUAAGAGCGUCUGCUAAAUGACUCGAAUGUAAAUGUAUUUCCCUUCCCUUGUGUUUCAGGAGACAGAGAUUGACAUCCUGGCUACAGUCCAGAACCUGCUGAGACAGUGUUCUGAUCCCUCCUCCUUCCUCAAGCCUAUCAGUAGACUGUUCUCCAUCCUCCAUAACAAGCUGCCAAGACAGGCCCUCACCUCCCUCUUCCAGGUAGGACCUCAAGCCCCCAUAGCCUGAUUCCAGAUCUGUUUGUGCUGUUGUGCUCACUCAUUGUCACAUCUUUAGCUGCGGAAGCCGGGCCCCUACAUGCUUCCCACUACUCAUAUCUAGUGGUCCAUAUGAAUGUGAUCUGAAUGGCAGAGUGUUUACCUGUGUUUCUGUCUCCCAACAGACUCUGGCAGACCUGGAUAGUGGACUGAAGUACAUCACAGAUACAGCUGCUAAGGUAGGGCUCGAAAAACCACACACAACAUUCAAACGCACACACAAAUACACACAGGCACAGACAACCUAUGUGCAUCACACACAGCGAUGUAUAAUCAUUGCCCCUUUCUCUCCCUCUAGUUGAAUGCGUUUGACAGUCGUCACCUGGACGAGGUCUACUUUGACGUGCGUCUCACAGCCUUCCAGGAGGCCACCAGGAGGAUCAACGACAUGGACACGCUGGACAUGAACUUCAUCUACACCAUCAUGCACAACUGCUUCGCCUCCUUCGAGGUGAGACCAACACACACAUCACAAACACACAGGAGAGAUCAGACACUACAGAUGGGUGUAACACUACAGCCUGAUCUCUUGACUAUUGCAUCGACUUUGGUAGUAUUUUGGAUUGCUCUCCUCUUAUUUUAGAUGUCCUAUUCACUUAUGAAUCAAUAAAUUAAAUUAUAUGUAGAUUUUGACAAAACAUUUGUGUCACAAAGUGCUUAACAUGUAUCCGUGCACGUCUGUGGUUUUUGCUCUUCAUUUAUUUGAUGAGCUGUGGAUAUAAUUUCCCAUUCAAGGAAUAUUAACAGUAAUGUAAUUUGUCCAUUAAUUAAUUCAACUUUCUUCCUUCCUGUGUUGUAGAUUGGAGACAUGUCCCUGGCAGACAACGCCACCUUGUGUCUGUCUGCUGUCCUUACACGUCUGGCUGCAGUGGGCCGUGGAGAGGAGGAGUACAAGGAGAUAGUACAGUACACCAUACUGGACGCUGUCAGGAAAGGACUGAGGAGCAAGACUGAGGUUAGCACACACACACACACACACACGUACAUCACAGAAUACACACACACACACACACACACACACACACACACACACACACACUAAAGUGAACUUGGGUCCAGUGUGUGUCUCCUGUGUUGUCAGAGUGUGCAGCAUGGCUACACCACAGUGCUGGCGUGUCUGGUGAAGACCUUCCCCACCCGUAGAGACUUCAGAGAUCUGGUGCAGCUCACCGACUACAACGACCCUGAGUCGGACUUCUUUGAACACAUGAAGCACAUCCAGGUAAGACUUCAGCCACUGUUCCAAUAUUCACACCAGCAUACUACAUGGGUUGAAGCAACGUAUUGGGCAUGCAUUCUAAGUGGUAUCAAUUCAAAUCAAAUGUUAUUUGUCACAUGCGCCGAAUACAACAGGUGUAGACCUUACAGUGAAAUGCUUGCUUAUAAGCCCUUAACCAACAAUGCAGUUUUAAGAAAGAAUACCCAAAAAAAAUCACAAAGAAAUGCAAUAUAAAAUAAUACGAAAUAAAAGUAACAAAUAAUUAAAGAGCAGCGGUAAAAAUAACAAUAGCGAGGCUAUAUACAGGGGGUACCGGUACAGAGUCAAUGUGCGGGGGCACCGGUUAGUCGAGGUAAUUGAGGGUAAUAUGUACAUGUAGGUAGAGUUAUUACAGUGACUAUGCAUAGAUAAUAAACAGAGAGUAGCAGCAGCGUAUGCUAGUAUAGAUAUCGUAACAUAGGAAAAUGCUAACUGGUUAGCCUGGUAUGGGGCAACUUGGAUUGUAGCCAUAUAGCCGACGCUCUUCAAAUGAGUCAGGAAGCAUCGUGUUCAGCCCAGUGCUUAAUGUUUUGUCUCUCUCAGAUCCAUCGUAGAGGUCGCGCUCUGAGGAAGUUCGCCAAGCAGCUGACGGAGGGUACGGUUGUGAUGUCAUCACGUUCCCUCCAGAACUUUAUCAUGCCCUACGCCAUGACUGCCCUCUUCGACGAGAAGAUGCUCAAGGUUAGUUACACAACACACUGACAAAUGUUAUCCUUCAUUCUGGUGUGCGUACGUGUGUGUGUAACCUGUGUGUUUCUCUCUCUGUCCUGCAGAAUGAGGGUAUGACGUCAGCCUCAGUAGAAGUGGUAGGAGCUGUGUGUAGGAGACUGACCUGGUCUAAAUACCUCUACUACCUUAAACACUUUGUUCACAUACUGCACACUGGACAGGCUGAACAGAAACUGGCUGUCAGGUUGGUACUGUCUAUGUCUGUGUGUCUGUCUGUGUGUAUCAGUGGGUGAUAUACAGUGGGGAGAACAAGUAUUUGAUACACUGCCGAUUUUGCAGGUUUUCCUACUUACAAAGCAUGUAGAGGUCUGUAAUUUUUAUCAUAGGUACACUUCAACUGUGAGAGACGGAAUCUAAAACAAAAAAUCCAGAAAAUCACAUUGUAUGAUUUUUAAGUAAUUAAUUUGCAUUUUAUUGCAUGACAUAAGUAUUUGAUACAUCAGAAAAGCAGAACUUAAUAUUUGGUACAGAAACCUUUGUUUGAAAUUACAGAGAUCAUAUGUUUCCUGUAGGUCUUGACCAGGUUUGCACACACUGCAGCAGGGAUUUUGGCCCACUCCUCCAUACAAACCUUCUCCAGAUCCUUCAGGUUUCGGGGCUGUCGCUGGGCAAUACGGACUUUCAGCUCCCUCCAAAGAUGUUCUAUUGGGUUCAGGUCUGGAGACUGGCUAGGCCACUCCAGGACCUUGAGAUGCUUCUUACGGAGCCACUCCUUAGUUGCCCUGGCUGUGUGUUUCUGGUCGUUGUCAUGCAGGAAGACCCAGCCACGACCCAUCUUCAAUGCUUUUACUGAGGGAAGGAGGUUGUUGGCCAAGAUCUCGCGAUACAUGGCCUCUUCCAUCCUCCCCUCAAUACGGUGCAGUCGUCCUGUCCCCUUUGCAGAAAAGCAUCCCCAAAGAAUGAUUUUUCCACCUCCAUGCUUCACGGUUGGGAUGGUGUUCUUGGGGUUGUACUCAUCCUUCUUCUUCCUCCAAACACAGCGAGUGGUUUAGACCAAAAAGCUCUAUUUUUGUCUCAUCAGACCACAUGACCUUCUCCCAUUCCUCCUCUGGAUCAUCCAGAUGGUCAUUGGCAAACUUCAGACGGGCCUGGACAUGCGCUGGCUUGAGCAGGGGGACCUUGCGUGCGCUGCAGAAUUUUAAUCCAUGACGGCGUAGUGUGUUACUAAUGGUUUUCUUUGAGACUGUGGUCCCAGCUCUCUUCAGGUCAUUGACCAGGUCCUGUCGUGUAGUUCUGGGCUGAAUCCCUCACCUUCCUCAUGAUCAUUGGAGACUGGGCCUCCCGAGUGGCGCAGUGGUCUAAGGCACUGCAUCGCAGUGCUAGCUGUGCCACUAGAGAACCUGGUUCGAAUCCAGGCUUUGUCGUAGCCGGCCGCGACCGGGAGACCCAUGUGGCGGCGCAGAAUUGGCCCAGCGUCGUCCAGGGUAGGGGAGGGAAUGGCCGGCAGGGAUGUAGCUCAGUUGGUAGAGCAUGUUGUUUGCAACGCCAGGGGUGUGGGUUCGAUUCCCACGGGGAGUAUGAAAAAAUUAAAUAAAAAUGUAUGCACUAACUGUAAGUCGCUCUGGAUAAGAGCGUCUGCUAAAUGACUAAAAAUGUAAAAAAAAUAUAUAUAUAUUCAUUGAUGCCCCACGAGGUGAGGUCUUGCAUGGAGCCCCAGACCGAGGGUGAUUGAUCGUCAUCUUGAACUUCUUCCAUUUUCUAAUAAUUGCGCCAACAGUUGUUGCCUUCUCACCAAGCUGCUUGCUUAUUGUCCUGUAGCCCAUCCCAGCCUUGUGCAGGUCUACAAUUUUAAUGCUGAUGUCCUUACACAGCGCUCUGGUCUUGGCCAUUGUGGAGAGGUUGGAGUCUGUUUGAUUGAGUGUGUGGACAGGUGUCUUUUAUACAGGUAACGAGUUCAACCAGGUGCAGUUAAUACAGGUAAUGAGUGGAGAACAGGAGGGCUUCUUAAAGGAAAAACUAACAGGUCUGUGAGAGCCGGAAUUCUUACUGGUUGGUAGGUGAUCAAAUACUUCUGUCAUGCAAUAAAAUGCAAAUUAAUUACUUAAAAAUCAUACAAUGUGAUUUUCUGGAUUUUUGUUUUAGAUUCCGUCUCUCACAGUUGAAGUGUACCUAUGAUAAAAAUUACAGACCUCUACAUGCUUUGUAAGUAGGAAAACCUGCAAAAUCGGCAGUGUAUCAAAUACUUGUUCUCCCCACUGUAUAUGUUUGUUUUGCAGUAGUAUUGUUGUCUCAUACCUGUAUCCAUCCACAGUCUAUUGGUGACUGUUCUGGAGGCGUUCCACUUUGACCAUGAUACUCUGGAGAGAGAAAUGGAGGCAGCUAAGAUCAGGGCCAAAGAGGGUGAGUGGACAGACUGGACACCGGUGACCAAGAGGUCCCAAUGAAGUAGAAUAUCAUUUUCAUACCAAGUGUGUGAUAUCUUGAUUGAUGUUGCCUCUUUCUGUUUAGUUGUGAGCACCGUCGUUGAUGAAGAAGGUGACGCGGAAGAGGAGGUGGCAGCUGUCGAAUCAGAGGAGAGUGACACUGAGGAAGCCAUGGAAACUGAAAGCAUCAACAGCGACACGAAAACAACCACCAUAGAAACAGCCGAGGUUGUUACUAUGGAAACGGACGCUGCUGAGACCGUUGAGGGUGUUGCUAUGGAAACGAAUGCCACAGAAUCUACAGCGGAGACUAAAACUGUUCCGGUGAAGAAGCCGACCCCUUCCGCUACAGCCCCUGCAGCCCCCAGUGGAUUACCCCAGAACAAAGCAGAGCUGGAGGCUCUGAUCACCUCUAUCCAUGCCACUGUUCAAAAUGCUGUCCUGCCCAGGCUACACAAGUGUCUCACCGCCAAGGUACACAUACGCCAGUUGUACUUGCUGUCGGUGAUCUUUUGGAAUAUGUCACCAAUGCAUGUUUUAGUAUUGUCGCAGAGUGAUGACAUCAUUGUGUGUAGGUGAAGCGAGACGAGGAGUGCAAGGCAGUGAAGUCUAAGGAUGUGAAGGAGGAGGAGGUGGCCAGAGUUCCUAUAGCCUUCGCCAUGGUCAAACUGAUGCAGACACUACCCACGACCGUCAUGGACGUCAACCUGCCUGGGUAUGUACACCCAGUUCAUGUAAACAUUGAAUGUGGUACACCCUGUAAAUGUGGAUGUCUCGUGUGUGUCGGUGUCUCCUGGGAGUGAGGGUGUGUGCAGUAUAUAAUAAACACUGUGUGUGUUGACAGCAUCCUGAUGAAGAUGUGUGUGCUGCUGAGGAAUCGUUUCCAGGAGAUCAGAGACGUGGCUCGUAACACCCUGAUUAAGAUCAUUGAGACUCUGGGGGUCAAAUACUUGCAGUACCUACUAAAGGAGAUGAAGUCCAUUCUGGUUAAGGGCUACCAGGUAAACACUACAGCUAAAUAGAUUCCUCUGUCUUUUAUUACAGAUGGACCAGAGCCCUCGUCUCAGGCAUUGGGCACGAGGGUGCGUUCCAAAUGGCCUCUGGUCAAAAGUAGUGCACUACAAAGGGAAUAGGGUGCUAUUUGGGACGCAGUACCAAGACCACAUUUACAGUGCCUAGUGAAAGUCUAAAAAGGGGGACAAUUACACACAUUUCUAUGCUAAAGACACACCAGAAUGGCUUUUCUAUAAGUGUUGAGUGUUCCUGAGUGGUCCGGUCUCAGUUCUAACUUAAAUUUGUUUGAAAAUGGAUGUAUGUUGCCUUAAGAGUUGUGGAAAGUUGGUAGAAUCUUAUUCAAAAAUGAUUCACACUUGUAAUGGCUGCCAAAGGUGCUUCCACCAAGUAUUAACUCUGGGGUGUGACUAUAUUUGCAAUUAAGACGUUCAUUUAAACAAAAGUUAUUUCACUUCAUAAAUGUGGAGAAGGUUGUGUAGAUCGGUAGAAAGAAAAUCGAAUGUAAUCCCUUUUUAAAUUUUUUAUUGACUGUGUAGACUUUCACUAGCGACUGUGUAUGUUUUUGAGACUGAGACUCCAUCUCUGUCUGUCAAUGUAUCAUUAAGUGAAUUAUUCCAAAUGAUAUGACUUUGUUUUGAUCCACUGACUCUCUCUCUCUCUCUCUCCCUCAGGUCCAUGUGUUGACGUUCACAGUGUACCAGCUCCUGUCUCACCUCGCUCCUAUACUGAAACCUGGAGACCUGGACCACUGCAUGGGCCUGCUAAUAGAUGUAACUAUUCUAGCCUAUACGUUUACAUUUGUGUUUAUGUGUGUGUGUGUGUCCGUGUGUGUUUGUGCCCAUAUGUGUGUGUGUCCAUGUGCAUAAUCCAUUUUGAUACACAAACUUGUCUUGCCAGCUCUCCUUUCACACAUCUCAUACAUCCACCAUUGUUCCACCCCUCUCCUGUAGAUCUUCAACAACGAGCUGUUUGGUGCAGUGGCUGAGGAGAAGGAGGUGAAGGGGAUAGUCUCUAAGCUGAUGGAGGCUCGCCACAGCAAGAGUAUGGACUCCUAUGAGUUCCUGGGCCAGUACUCUGGCAAGGACAGAGUCAUACAACUCAUACUGCCAAUGAAAGAUGUAAGUAUCACUUAUACAUGACUGUAAUUCCUUAGAUUGCAAAGUCAUCUAUUGAUGUCCCCUGCUAACUGUGUAUGUGACUUUAUUAUGUCGCGCUCUCGGUCUCUCUCGCCUUCUCUCUGAAUCUCUCUGUCUCUCUUCCCCUCUCUCUCUCUCUCUCUAUCUAGAUCCUGGAGAACACAGCCAAUCUGAAGACAGCCCGUCGUGCCCAUGCAGUGUUGAAGAGGAUAGUGUCAGGGCUACUGGUGAACCAGGCCAUGGACCAUCAGGCUGUACUACUGCUCAGCCACGGCCUGGUCUCAGAGAGUCUGCCCCUCGUCACCAAGAGGAACAAGUAUGCACACACACACACACACACUGCAUGCAUGCUCACUUUUUCCUUGCUGUCUCUCUCACUCACUCACUGAGUCUCUCACGCAAAUAUUUGACAGCGUGUCUUUAUUGUUUGUGUGUAGGGACAAAAAGCCCCAGGCCCCCCCGGACCCUCGCCUGCCCCCUCCCAGCUGUCUCCUCUUGCCCCCCACCCCAAAGAGAGGGGGACUGAAAGCCCCCGUCAGCAGCCGCACCAACAUGCACAUCCUAGUGGACACUGGACUCAGGGUAAACCAACCUAGCUACCCUCCUAAAACUUUCAGAAACUUUCUCACAGGCUUUCACACAGAUUAACUAGAAGAUCAAAUAUUGUUGUUUUGCGGCAAACAGGCAUUAACAUAGACAACGAACAGUCCCGAGAACAGAUGGUAACCAAUGGCUGAAUAGUGGUUUACUGUUCAUUCAUCUGUGGUCAGUUGAAUGUUGGUUGACUGUUGUCACUCUGUCUCUGUCUAGCUGCUCCAUAUGAGUCUGAAGAAGUCCAAGGUGAACUCCUCUGAGGCCUCUGCUCUUGAGAUGCUGGAUCCCUUCUUUGCUCUGCUACUAGACUGUCUCAACUCCAUGCACGUCAAGGUCAGUAGUGUGUGUGUGUGUGCAUGUUGAGGAGUGUGUAUACGUGUUGAUCUCUCUGUGUAUGUCUAGAGAAGUGUGUGUGUGUCUGUAUCUGAGUCUAUCUCUCUCUCCGUGCCUCCAGGUGAUAACAGAGGCUCUCUUAGCCUUUACAUUCCUGUUGCGGUUCCCCCUGCCAGCUGUAGAGCAGAGUGCAGGCCAGCUCACUAAGCAGCUGUUUGUCCUGCUCAAAGACUACUCCAAGGCUGGCGCUGCCCGCGGAGAGAACUUCCAACUCGUCCAGAACUGCUUCAAGGUAGCACAAGUGUUUGUUUCUAUUCUGGAAAUGGUUGAAUUAAUACAUUUAAUAUACACUGCUCAAAAAAAUAAAGGGAACACUAAAAUAACACAUCCUAGAUCUAAAUGAAUGAAAUAAUCUCAUUAAAUACUUUUUUCUUUACAUAGUUGAAGUGCGCACCACGGGCACACACACUGCCAAGGUGCCUUAUUGCUUAAAUAUAAUAUCAACAGUACAUUCAUACCGCAAUGCAAAAACAUGCCAUAUUGUAUGUUUGAAUGAUUUGAAAUGACAGAUGUGGCUAUAUCAAAUGAAUUGAAUGAUCCUUCUUUUCUCUGUCAGUCCAUCACCAUCCUAGUAAAGAACAUGAAGACACACAAGAUAACUGAGACGCAGCUGCAAGUGCUGCUGGGUUACGCUGAGGAGGACAUUUAUGACCAAUCACGUCAGGCGACAGCCUUCGGGCUGUUAAAGGUAGCUAACGCCCUCCAAAUCUAGGAGAGAGAUGGAGUUGGAGACCAUACUUUAUUGCUACAGCUAAUACAUCAGACCCCAACAUUUUUAUACCUUUAUUUAACCAGACAUAUAGAUGUAUUAUAAUGAAAGUUUAUAAUGAAAUUUAUUCUUAUUCUGGUCCUGGAAAUCAAAUGUAUCAUCCCAUGGAGGUCUGGAUUUGGAGUCACCCUCAAAAUUAAAGUGAAAAACCACACUACAGGCUGAUCCAACUUUGAUGUAAUGUCCUUAAAACAAGUCAAAAUGAGGCUCAGUAGUGUGUGUGGCCUCCACGUGCCUGUAUGACCUCCCUACAACGCCUGGGCAUGCUCCUGAUGAGGUGGCGGAUGGUCUCCUGAGGGAUCUCCUCCCAGACCUGGACUAAAGCAUCAGCCAACUCCUGGACAGUCUGUGGUGCAACGUGGCGUUGGUGGAUGGAGCGAGACAUGAUGUCCCAGAUGUGCUCAAUUGGAUUCAGGUCUGGGGAACGGGCGGGCCAGUCCAUAGCAUCAAUGCCUUCCUCUUGCAGGAACUGCUGACACACUCCAGCCACAUGAGGUCUAGCAUUGUCUUGCAUUAGGAGGAACCCAGGGCCAACCGCACCAGCAUAUGGUCUCACAAGGGGUCUGAGGAUCUCAUCUCGGUACCUAAUGGCAGUCAGGCUACCUCUGGCGAGCACAUGGAAGGCUGUGCGGCCCCCCAAAGAAAUGCCACCCCACACCAUGACUGACCCACCGCCAAACCGGUCGUGCUGGAGGAUGUUGCAGGCAGCAGAACGUUCUCCACGGCGUCUCCAGACUCUGUCACCUCUGUCAUGUGCUCAGUGUGAACCUGCUUUCAUCUGUGAAGAGCACAGGGCGCCAGUGGCGAAUUUGCCAAUCUUGGUGUUCUCUGGCAAAUGCCAAACGUCCUGCACGGUGUUGGGCUGUAAGCACAACCCCCACCUGUGGACGUCGGGCCCUCAUACCACCCUCACGGAGUCUGUUUCUGACCGUUUGAGCAGACACAUGCACAUUUGUGGCCUGCUGGAGGUCAUUUUGCAGGGCUCUGGCAGUGCUCCUCCUUGCACAAAGGUGGAGGUAGCAGUCCUGCUGCUGGGUUGUUGCCCUCCUACGGCCUCCUCCACGUCUCCUGAUGUACUGGCCUGUCUCCUGGUAGCGCCUCCAUGCUCUGGACACUACACUGACAGACAGAGCAAACCUUCUUGCCACAGCUUGCAUUGAUGUGCCAUCCUGGAUGAGCUGCACUACCUGAGCCACUUGUGUGGGUUGUAGACUCCGUCUCAUGCUACCACUAGAGUGAAAGCACCGCCAGCAUUCAAAAGUGACCCAAACAUCAGCCAGGAAGCAUAGGAACUGAGAAGUGGUCUGUGGUCACCACCUGCAAAACCAGUCCUUUAUUGGGGGUGUCUUGCUAAUUGCCUAUAAUUUCCACCUGUUGUCUAUUCCAUUUGCACAACAGCAUGUGAAAUGUAUUGUCAAUCAGUGUUGCUUCCUAAGUGGACAGUUUGAUUUCACAGAAGUGUGAUUGACUUGGAGUUACAUUGUGUUGUUUAAGUGUUCCCUUUAUUUUUUUGAGCAGUGUAGUAUCAAUUAUAAACCGGGUUGUUCUGAGCCCUGGAUUCUGAUUGACUGAAAGCCGUGGUAUGAGACAUUAUACUGAUCGAAUUACGUUGGUAACCAGUUUAUAAUAGCAAUAAGGCACCUCAGGGGUUUGUGGUAUAUGGCCAAUAUACCACGGCUAAAGGCUGUAUCCAGGCGCUUAAGAACAGCCCUUAGCCGUGGUAUAUUGCCCAUAUACCAAACCCCCACAGGCCUUAUUGUUUAAUUAUAAACUGAGAGGUUUGAGCCCUGAAUGCUGAUUGGGUGACAGCCAUGGUAUAUCAGACCGUAUGACAAAACAUUUAUUUGGACUGCUCUAAUUACGUUGGUAACCAGUUUAUAAUAGCAAUAAGACACCUUGGGGGUUUGUGGUAUAUGGCCAAUAUACCACGGCUAAGGGCUGUAUCCAGGCACUCCGCGUUGCGUCGUGCUUAAGAACAUCCCUUAGCCGUGGUAUAUUGGCCAUAUACCACACCCCCUAGUGCCCUAUUGCUUAAAUAUACCAUGGCUAUGACGACUUGUUUACUGUUCUAAUUACGUUGGUAACCAGUUUAUAAUAGCAAUAAGGCACCCCGAGCACACACUGCCAAGGUGCCUUAUUGCUUAAAUAUAAUAUCAACAGUACAUUCAUUCCGCAAUGCAAAAACAUGCCAUAUUGUAUGUUUGAAUGAUUUGAAAUGACAGAAAUGUGGCUAUAUCAAAUGAAUUGAAUGAUCCUUCUUUUCUCUGUCAGUCCAUUACCAUCCUAGUAAAGAACAUGAAGACACACAAGAUAACUGAGACGCAGCUGCAAGUGCUGCUGGGAUACGCUGAGGAGGACAUUUAUGACCAAUCACGUCAGGCGACAGCCUUCGGGCUGUUAAAGGUAGCUAACGCCCUCCAAAUCUAGGAGAGAGAUGGAGAUGGAGACCAUACUUUAUUGCUACAGCUAAUACAUCAGACCCCAACAUUUUUAUACCUUUAUUUAACCAGACAUAUAGAUGUAUUAUAAUGAAAGUUUAUAAUGAAAUUCGUAUUCUGUCCUCCUCUGUAAUAUGGACUGCAUCCUCUCUAUCUCCCCCUACAGGCAAUCCUGUCCAGGAAGCUGGUAGUACCAGAGAUGGAGGAGCUGAUGAAGAAAGUUGCCAAGCUGUCUGUUACCGGGCAGAACGGCAUGAUCAGGGUCCAGUGCAGACAUGUACGGUUUUGUGUUUCUUUUUAUAUUCAUAUUUAACCCUGUAUUUUACCGUUUGUAUUUUAUUUUUGAAGGUGAAUUAUAAAACAGUGGUUUAACUGUGCUUUAGGCAACAAUUUGUAUUAUUUUUAGAUUCUUAUUUUAGUGUUUCUAUUAUUUUCACCUGUAGAUUUACCAGAAGUAUAUCCUGGAUUAUCCUCUGGGGAAGAAACUGAGAUCACAUCUGGACUUUAUCGUGGCCCAGCUCAGGUAGGAUAUAUGUGUGUUUAAAGGGAUUCGUUAUUUAAUAUGUAAGUCGAUUGUUUGUGACUUGUUUGAUACUAAAAUCUCUCUUUCUCUCUCUCUCUCUCUCUCUCUAUCUCUCUCUCUCUCUCUCUCUCUGUGUGUUAGCUAUGAGUUUGACACAGGAAGAGAGGCUGCUCUGGAGAUGAUGGCCUAUAUCUUCCAGACCUUCCCUCAGGUAUCCAAGACAACCCUCCUGACACACACAUCCCAUAAUUACCUGAGUUAGACUCGCAGUAACUCUGUUCGCGUUCUACACCCACUGCUCCUGUUAGAAGUUGACUAUAGAAACUCUCACCAAAACUGACAUUAGAUCAGUCUUUUGGAACAACCUAAUUCUACUCCUGUGUGUAUCUGAUUUGUCUCUGUCCUAGAACCUGCUGCUGCAGCACAGUGGGUUGUUCUUUGUCCCUAUGGCUCUGGCCAUGGUGAACGAUGACUCGGCUCGCUGUAAGAAGAUGGCCGCAGUGGCCAUCAAAUCACUGCUGAGUCAACUGGACCAGGAACACCAGAACACCCUGUUCACCCUGGUCAACACUUGGCUGUCUGCAGACAAGGUAUGGAUGCACGGACACACACACAUGCAGACACACGCACACACAUUAGUCUUAAUUGGCUUUCUCUACGUGUCUAAUAAAGCAAUGUAAAUGUCUGAUAAAGUGCAAAUAAUGGAAAGGAGAGAAAUCCACUUUAGACUAUUGAGAUCCACCCCAUAUUCUCCUGCUGUAACCUCUGACCCCUACCCCCAGGUGUCUCUGCGUCGUCUCGGGGCCCAGGUGUGUGGGCUGUUUGUGGAGGUAGAGGGGGUUCAGUUUGGCCGUCGUCUAGAUGCCCUGCUACCCCUCAUCGAGAAAGAGAUCCACCCCGACAACUUUGAAGACGUGAGUCGAACAUGAACUAUUUUACAAAUCAAACUUUUAAGAUAUAAACAAUGUGAAAAGUUAUACUUUCAAAAGCAUUAUCUAAGCAGGAUGUAGGUAUUCGUCUUUUAAUUACUAUUUUAUAUAACCUGUGCUAACAGCUGCUCUAUGUCUGUGUGUCUGUCAGAUUGAGGAGGAGCAGGAUGAGAAAGCAGCAGACAGACUGCUGUUCAGCUACCUGACCCUGGUCACCAAACUCACCAAGGACUGUAGCCUACUGGAGCUCAGCAAGCCGCAAGACACACUCACCAACAUCCUGGGUAAGACACUACUACCUCUAGUCUGGUCCCACAUUUGUUUGUGCUGUCUUGCCAUUUGCUAUGGUCGGAGCGGUGGUUGUAGAUCAAACAUCAUGUGUCUAUCAGAUGGGCCCAGUCUGAAAAUCACCUCAGACAUCUCAGUUGUCUGUGGUGAGAUAACUAGGCCUACAGUACUGUGGUACGUUAAGCUUAUUGCCUGCUCUGUAUAGCAGUGUGGUUAAACCCAUGUGCCUACAUGUUUUCACCUGAAAUGUCUCUUGUUCUAUGGGUUGAUGAUAAAGUCUAGAACUAUAGAUCUAGAUCAAUUCAUCGAUCAUUGAAUGUCAUAUUUUAUCCUCUAAACUGCUGGCUUACCCUUGGUGUAACGGAGCAAUACGUUUCCCCCCUCCACCAGGUCAUGUUGAGACCCACCUGCGCUACCCUCACUGUUGGGUGUGGCUGACCGCCUCUCAACUGUUUGGUCAGCUGUUUGCUGCCCACCGGCCAGACCAGCUGGUUGCCCGCUGGAGAGAGGAGACCACAGAGAAGGGCAGUGCCAACAACACCACACCAGAACCAGUGGCGACCACAUUCCUUACCACCAACCUGGACAAGAAGGUGAGACGGCACUGAACAUCACUUAGCCAAAGAUGCAAACCGAUGACUUGACCUGCUGAGAGUGACCAAGAUCAAACAUGUCACCAAGAUGGACUAAUCAGUGAAUGAAACAGAACAGGGAGAACAACUUUCUAGAAUGACAUGAAACUUUUGUUGGUUUGAAUAACAAUGAGAUAAUUGAAUGCAUUGUAUUGGAAACAAGGGUUUGAUUCAAGUGAUGUUUAGCUAUACUGAUUUAUGUGUCUUUUAACUGACUUUCCCUCCUUCCCUCCACCAGAUGAGAGAGUUGGUCCUGUCUUUCUGUCACCAGCUCCAGUCGAAGUACCUGGACACGUCAACAGGAGAACAGGUAAGGACGACAUUACACUGAUGCAAACAGACUAUUUAGGUCUGAGGUGCCACACAUCAGGCAGUAGUUCGAUUGACAGGUUUGAUCGUCUCGUCUGCCGUUCCCCAGGUGAUCAAGAACCUGCUGUUCGUCGCCAAGGUGAUCUACCUGAUCUCACCUGAGUCUGAAAUCACACCUGCCCAGGAAGUAGAGGAGGGAGGGGAGGAGGAAGAGAUGAAGGAGAAUGAUGAAGGAGAGAAAGAUGGAGAAGAUGAGGAAGGGGAUGAAGAAGAGAAACAGGAAGAUGAGGAAGAGGAUGAGAAGGAUGAUCGUCCUCCAUCCUUACUGUGGAUGAUGAAGAAGCUGUCUCUAAUGGCUAAGAGAGAAGCUGCAGACACGCCCAAGAUACCCCUCAAGGUAAACACAAACACCCCAAUACAUGGUCCUUUUAGAUCUUUUCCCAACACCACUGCUUAUUUACUGCUGGUGAGAUGGUGAGUUGAUGAAUAUCAGCAAUAAACGGUUGUAUUGUUGUUAUUCCUAUAGAGAACAUGUGUAUUUAAGUUCCUGGGGGCCAUAGCUGUGGACCUUGGUAAAGACAGGCUGGGUCCUUACCUCACCACCAUCAUCGCCCCUCUCUACAGAGAACUGGACAGCACCUAUGCAGACCAAGGUAACAUACUGUAGUACUGUCCUCAUCAUUUAAUAACAGCUAUGUGGAUCAAGGUAACACUACACUGUCUCAUCAUCCUCUCCCUUUCACCACUACUCAAAUUCAUCAUCCUAAUCAUAACUAGGCUCUUUGGCCUUUGUUUUCUCUCUGUUUUGUGUGAUCAUUUUCCGACUGUGCUCAUUGUAGCUGUCCUGUUGUCUGACUGCUCUCUUGUUAUUCUAUGUCAACACAACUCUGUGUAGUUGUUUUCUUCUGACUGAUCCCUCGGUAGGUGUUUGUCUCAGAGAUAGAAUUAAAUAGAGCACUAAUUACAUGUAUGUUUUACUCCCCAGAUCCCACCCUGAAAAACCUGUCCCAGGAGCUGAUAGAGCUGUUGAAGAAGCAGGUGGGGCUGCAGAUCUUCUCCCUGGCCUUCUCAGCCGUCCAGAAGGAUGCCUCACAGAGGAGGGCCAACCGCAAGAAACACAAGGCUAUGCAGGUAUGUACUCUAUGGCAGGGGUUCUCAACUGACUUCGGCAGUACAUGGUUGGACGAACAAAGUCUAGGGCCCUGGGAAGGAACAUUUUAAAGGCCCACCUCUUGGCACGGAGAGAAGAUUUAGCAGUUUUCAAGCUCAUUUUCUGCAAUUCUACAGAUUUUGUCAUGUAGCAAAGAGAAAACGUACUUUUAAAACUUAAAUUACAGCAGGGAUGCGCAACUGGCGGAACUCAAAUUACAGCAGGGAUGCGCAACUGGCGGAAAUCAGUCGGGGGCUCAAUUUACUGUUGCGAGUUAGAAUAAUAGAAUACACAAGUUGCAAUUUCGAAAAUUGGUUGUGCAUCAGCAGUUUUGCUCUUAUGUCAGUCACUGAUAGUCAGUCAAUUAGCCCAUGUCAGCAAAAAUAUGUUUUGAUUGCUAAGUUAGUUUGGCGGCCAGCUAUCUAAACUUGUUAUCAUGAUCGAUUUACCAUCCGGGGGGCCCCCAUUGUGUAUGCAGACCCGCGAGCAACUGCGGCCCAUCAUGAGUUCAGAUUUUUUUGUGAACCCCACCCCAUAAAAGAUGCCCAUCCUUGUUUUAAAAAAAGAAAAGUGUGUGUGGGGAGAAUACAAUAAGUAUUAAGUUGAAAUAUAUAACAUUGGUGGAUACCAAUAUCCCUGUUAGCCUCCCAGGCCCAUGUUACCCAGGGUUGAGAAGUUGUAGAUUAAUAUUACAUUGUAUUUCACCCUCUGAACUUAUUGCACAUAUUCCUUGGCCAAAAUUCAUUUAAUCUGUUAGUAAUAUUCAUUUACAUUUUUUAAAAUAUUGUGAAAUGUUGCGUCUUCGGACCCCAUUUUGAGAACCCUGCUCUAUGGGGCCAUGCUGCUGUGCCAAACUGGGAAAGCUUUGAGCUAGCCAUACAAUACAUGAAGAACAGCAGACACCGUUUUGCCUCAAGCAAAUGUUUAUAUUAAUUGUAUAUUUAUAUCAUCAUGGCAGGGUAAUGUUGGAUACCAAGCAUCUCACCUUUUACUCCUUAUCUCUCAGGCGGUGGCUAACCCUGACAUCGCAGCCAGGAAGAAGCUGAAGAAACACAAGAACAAGAUCGAGGCCAAGAAGAGGAAGAUUGAGUUCCUGAGGCCUGGCUACAAAGCCAAGAGACAGAGGAACUCGCUCAAGGACUUGGCUAUGGUGAAAUGA